AUGUUGGUGGUGGUGGUCGUGCUGCUGGUGGUGCUACUGGUGAUGAUGCAGCUGCUGCUGGUGCUGCUGCUGGUGCUGGUGGUGAUGCAGCUGCUGCUGGUGAUGAUGCAGCUGCUGCUGGUGCUGCUGCUGGUGCUGGUGGUGAUGCAGCUGCUGCUGGUGCUGCUGCUGGUGCUGGUGGUGAUGCAGCUGCUGCUGGUGCUGCUGCUGGUGCUGGUGGUGAUGCAGCUGCUGCUGGUGAUGGUGUUGAGAUCCUUUGAGGCGGUGAUGGUGUUGAGAUCCUUCGAGGUGGUGAUGGUGUUGAGAUCCUUCGAGGUGGUGGUGGUGUUGAGAUCCUUCGAGGCGGUGAUGGUGUUGAGAUCCUUCGAGGUGGUGGUGGUGUUGAGAUCCUUCGAGGUGGUGGAGGUGCGUCAGCUGGAGCGCACCGUGAGCCUCAGAGACCUGUCCGUCGUGGAGAUGGAGGGGAAGCUGCGGGAGAUGGUAGCAGCGACGUACGACGGAGUGUUCGUGUGGAAGAUCUUCGACUUCACCAAAAAGAGACAAGACGCGGUGGCGGGACGAGCCCCUGCCAUGUUCUCCCCCGCUUUCUUCACCAGUAAAUAUGGGUACAAGAUGUGUUUACGGAUCUACCUGAACGGAGACGGGACGGGGCGUGGCACACACCUCUCGCUGUUUUUUGUGGUAAUGAGAGGACACAGCGACGCGCUCCUCAAGUGGCCCUUUAACCAGAAGGUCACUCUGAUGCUGCUGGACCAGAACAACCGCGAGCACAUCAUCGACGCCUUCAGGCCGGACAUCUCGUCGUCGUCUUUCCAGCGUCCGGUCAGCGACAUGAACAUCGCGAGCGGCUGCCCCCUCUUCUGUCCGCUCGCCAAACUGGACUCCAAGAACUCCUAUGUCCGCGACGACACCAUCUUCAUCAAGGCCAUCGUGGACCUCACCGGCCUCUAG